CUUUGGCUCCGAAUCAGACUCAAAAAACACUGACCUAUGGCCAGGGCGGCUCUCCUUCGCUUGCUCCGAUCGCAAUCCGGGCAGCUCUCAUCCAGAAGCCACUUCCUUUCAGGUUAUCAUUGCAGGUCUAGAACAUGGACACACAGUCUGAAUAGCAAACCCAACUUCAGCUCUGCUCUCCAGCUUGCUGCUGCUCAGAAAAGAUGGGCAUCUCAAGCCACUGACAGCAAGAUCAGUAUUGGGCCGCAGAGAGGGGGUGAAGCUGGGGAAGAUGAAAAAGAUACUGGAGUUGUUUAUUAUGGUCCAAUCUCUAGCACCAUCAAGAAAGUAAAGCUCCUUUCUCUUUCAACCUGCUGUCUGUCUGUAUCACUGGGCCCAGUCAUAACCUUCAUGACAUCUCCUGAUAUGAAUGUGAUUCUCAAAGGUGCAGUUGCCUCAUCUGUAAUAUUUAUGAGUGCUUCCACCACUGCAGCCCUCCACUGGUUUGUAAGCCCAUAUAUUCACAAGCUCAGGUGGCAGCCUGGUUCAGACAGCUUCCAGGUGGAGAUGCUGUCAUGGCUUGCCACACAUAUUCCUAAGACUAUUAAGUUUGCAGAUAUUCGGCCUGCCGAGACCAACAGGCCUUUUGUGACAUUUAAGGCCAAUGGGACUUUUUACUUUGUUGACAAGGAUCACUGUCAUAACAAGGCUUUGUUGGCAAGACUGACUCCACAGAAAUUAGACUCAGCUUUGAAGAAUUUGUGAUUGGAAACUCAUCCAUGAGAGCUCUUAGAAGCUUUGCUUUUAGAACGGCUGAACUAUGCUAUGUACUGCGUUUGUGAUAAGCCCUGGCUCGGUUUGAGCAUUUAGGCAUUCCCAUCUUUCUUCUUUAGAAAAUUCUUUGAGUUGUUUUGACAUCAAAUAUCACUUAAUACCUGAGGUUUUCUUGCUGUGGAUAAA